CUUACGCCGCCCAUUAAAUCGACACGGCUGACACUAUUUUUCCGUACCCUUACGGAUGCCGAAGCCAACUUACAACACAAGCAACUUCAACAGCAGAGUACCUGAGACACAGUGCGUGAGGUCUGUGGGGUCCAUGUCCACACGGGCGUGAUAAGGUCCAUCAUCCAUCACUGCAGCUACUGUAGCGGUGCCCUGCCAAGCACUACAGCCACUGCAGCUACUGAAGCAGUGCCCUGCCAAGCACUACAGCCACUGCAGCUACUGUAGCGGUGCACUGCCAAGCACUACAGCCACUGUAGUGUGGUUCGUCUGGUCCGGUAGUUACUGGGGUCUGAAACCGCCCUAACCUCUGGCCUUGCCGCCUCGAUGAGGCCAGAGUCAGAUGACAUUGAGAACCUGCGACCUUGCCGCUAAUGCUCCUGCAGCUGGGGUCAUCCACACCUGCUCCUGCAGCUGGGGUCAUCCACACCUGCUCCUGCAGCUGGGGUCAUCCACACCUGCUCCUGCAGCUGGGGUCAUCCACACCUGCUCCUGCAGCUGGGGUCAUCCACACCUGCUCCUGCAGCUGGUGUCAUCCACACCUGCUCCUGCAGCUGGGGUCAUCCACACCUGCUCCUGCAGCUGGGGUCAUCCACACCUGCUCCUGCAGCUGGGGUCAUCCACACCUGCUCCUGCAGCUGGGGUCAUCCACACCUGCUCCUGCAGCUGGGGUCAUCCACACCUGCUCCUACAGCUGGAGUCAUCCACACCUGCUCCCUACAGCUGGAGUCAUCCACACCUGCUCCUGCAGCUGGGGUCAUCCACACCUGCUCCUGCAGCCGGAGACAUCCACACCUGCUCCUGCAGCCGGAGACAUCCACACCUGCUCCUGCAGCCGGAGACAUCCACACCUGCUCCUGCAGCUGGAGUCAUCCACACCUGCUCCUACAGCUGGAGUCAUUCACACCUGCUCCUGCAGCUGGAGACAUCCACACCUGCUCCUACAGCUGGAGAGUCAUCCACACCUGCUCCUGCAACUGGAGUCAUCCACACUUGCUCCUACAGCUGGAGUCAUUCACACCUGCUCCUGCAGCUGGAGACAUCCACACCUGCUCCUGCAGCUGGGGUCAUCCACACCUGCUCCUGCAACUGGGGUCAUCCACACCUGCUCCUGCAGCUGGAGUCAUCCACACCUGCUCCUACAGCUGGAGAGUCAUCCACACCUGCUCCUGCAACUGGAGUCAUCCACACCUGCUCCUUCAGCUGGGGUCAAGCACACUUGCCACUCCACUGACGACCAGUCCUACUUGGCACUACUCGAACGAGUAGUACUCGAACGAGAACCCAAGCAUCAGCCCGGCGGGAUUGUAACCUGGAUGCCAAGAGCGCCAAUAUUCCACCGGGGAAGAACCCUAUAGGUACCGUGAUUGGUUAUGUUCCUUUCAACCCUUCAUUAUUAUAUCUCUUGAGUUUCGCGAAUGAAACUCAAAAUGCAUAUUUUGGGGUUGUUUUUGUAUGGUACAACCCGUUCUCGCAAAUUUAAUAAGUCAAUAUUGACUUAUUAAAUAUGUGCAUAGGUGACAUACUUAACAUAAUAGUUUCCCUUGAAAAGCUUCAUAGAAAACACCGACCUUACCUAAC